AUGGUUUUAAUAAAAAAGAAAACAUCAUCUGUUAGAAGAGGAAAAGGAAGAAGGCCGCCAAGCAACCUCAGUCUCCUGAGUUUUCUGCCUCCGCGCAGCCCCAGUCUCCUGAGUUUUCUGCCUCCGCGCAGCCCCAGUCUCCUGAGUUUUCUGCCUCCGCGCAGCCCCAGUCUCCUGAGUUUUCUGCCUCCGCGCAGCCCCAGUCUCCUGAGUUUUCUGCCUCCGCGCAGCCCCAGUCUCCUGAGUUUUCUGCCUCCGCGCAGCCCCAGUCUCCUGAGUUUUCUGCCUCCGCGCAGCCCCAGUCUCCUGAGUUUUCUGCCUCCGCGCAGCCCCAGUCUCCUGAGUUUUCUGCCUCCGCGCAGCCCCAGUCUCCUGAGUUUUCUGCCUCCGCGCAGCCCCAGUCUCCUGAGUUUUCUGCCUCCGCGCAGCCCCAGUCUCCUGAGUUUUCUGCCUCCGCGCAGCCCCAGUCUCCUGAGUUUUCUGCCUCCGCGCAGCCCCAGUCUCCUGAGUUUUCUGCCUCCGCGCAGCCCCAGUCUCCUGAGUUUUCUGCCUCCGCGCAGCCCCAGUCUCCUGAGUUUUCUGCCUCCGCGCAGCCCCAGUCUCCUGAGUUUUCUGCCUCCGCGCAGCCCCAGUCUCCUGAGUUUUCUGCCUCCGCGCAGCCCCAGUCUCCUGAGUUUUCUGCCUCCGCGCAGCCCCAGUCUCCUGAGUUUUCUGCCUCCGCGCAGCCCCAGUCUCCUGAGUUUUCUGCCUCCGCGCAGCCCCAGUCUCCUGAGUUUUCUGCCUCCGCGCAGCCCCAGUCUCCUGAGUUUUCUGCCUCCGCGCAGCCCCAGUCUCCUGAGUUUUCUGCCUCCGCGCAGCCCCAGUCUCCUGAGUUUUCUGCCUCCGCGCAGCCCCAGUCUCCUGAGUUUUCUGCCUCCGCGCAGCCCCAGUCUCCUGAGUUUUCUGCCUCCGCGCAGCCCCAGUCUCCUGAGUUUUCUGCCUCCGCGCAGCCCGUUCCAGUGUCAGUGGGUCUUUUGGUUGAGUAUGAGGGGAUGGACUGGACCCCGUUUUCAGACCCCUCGCCAGCCCUCACUGCCAAUGAGCCCGCUCCAGCCGCCGCCGAGGCCCGCUCCAGCCGCCGCCGCCGUCCACAGCUCCUGAGAGGUACAGACGAUAUUCAAAAUUAUUUUCUAGUGUUUGAAAAGGAAAAUAAAUGCUUUAACAUACAUUGAAGAAGCCUUUCUUUAUCAGAAAGAUAAAUGUUGAUUAAUAACUUAAAAGAUGUAUAUUGAAGCGGCAGUGGUUUCCAGAAUCCACCCCCCUUCAGUAGGCUACAACGAUUAGAUAUACAAAAAACAAAUUAUAUCAUGUUUAAUCCGGGGAUUUGAACUUGGCUAGAUGUGAACUUUGAAUUGGAACAGUAAUCAACUGAUGACGUUUCACAAGUCCACAAGAACACAAGUACAGACAAGAAUGCAUAUUGAGAAACGGCUACGAUGUCUGGUAAAAGUACAGAAAAAAUUUGUACUGCGCAUGUGUUGGCAUCCGUGGUUUAGUAUGCUUUGAACGCGUCCGGGCGCAGACGGUAAAUAAAAAUGUAGUAAUUUAAUAAAAAAUACUUUUUAUUAAAUAUAAAACUUUUAAUACAUUAAAAAAUAGAUAAAUGUGUUUGUUCAAGUUUCUACUUAAAUAAAUAGAUGUUUUCAAUAAGUAUAUUUCCUUUUUCUACAUGAAAAUGCCAAAUGAAAAUGUUUAUUGAUAUUGAUAAAGUGACCAAUUUUAAGCAGGAAAAACGGUCUUUGCACUUGACCACUUGUCUACUUAGAUGACGUAUUUCCUGUAUGUUACGACCCUCUAUUAAUGCUGUUUAAAGUAUGUAAAAGAGUAUGUAACAUAUUAAUGUUAAAGUUAAAUAUAAAAAUAAAUAAAUAAAUAAAUAAACGGGUUUAGUUACUGAUAUCUUAUGUGAUGAGAUGAAUCAGACAGAGACAGAUUGGAAUUAAAGCUUUUUAGUAUUUUAUCUUGAGGAAAAUACAGCCGAUGGUGUUGAUAUGGCAACUAGUAAAUAUACUAAGUUUCAUGCUACUAACCUUUCAAAUUAAAUCUAAUUUAGUUUAACAUCAUUUUCAACAUCAAACACAAGCUGUGCACGUCAAUAUAAUUAGUCUUUUAUUCUAAUCGCUUUCGCGCAGCAGCAGAGAGCGUUCUGUUCUGAGGCGGAGAGAGAAAAUCUAAAUGGUAAAUGUGAGUUCGUAGAGUUGUUUUAAAAACCAUGUUUGCCAGAACAUAACCACAAAUUUUAUUCUAUUUUGUAUCAACUAUUUUCUAGCCCGACGUUGUUUCGAGUCGUUUAUUCCCGCUCGUGCUCCAUUCAAAUCUUGCGCGCGCUGACAGCAUCCGGUAUUUUCUGAGAGAUUUACAUCAGACGAAGGGAAGGUAAGUGCAGAUUCACAAAAUCAUUGUAAAUAACAUGUUUACAUAAAACAACACCAGAGGUUGUUCAAUGUUAUGUCGUUAUUUUCUGAUUGUGAACCGCAUUUUCUUUAUUACUCGCGCUGAUGUCUUGUUUUUUUUUUUUUUUAAACGUUAUUUCUUAGGAAAACUGUGUGUAACUUAGUGUUUUGAAAGCAUGGCCAAAUUCUUGACAAAUCUGUCCUAGCGAUUAUUACAAAAACUGUAAGACCAGAAACUUGAGUUUUAUUUGUGUAGAUAUACAGAGCCCCAUGGUUCAAAAACACUGUAGUAUACAAAUUACUAUAGUAUUUUUUCAUAUCGUGCGCAUGAUUGAGCAAAUCGAGGGAACGAAAUAGUAAAUCGUGCUCGAUUCAUGUGUGGGUGUUUGUGUAGAUGUAAUGAAUGCAGCUUCACACUCAUUUAUACUUCUGCCAUAAAGCAGCUGUGUGGCCGUCUUCUCGUUCACACACGUGUUCUCUGAAGAACACAGUUAAUAAUUUAAUAAUAAAAACUGUUGUUGCAAAUUGAAAACAGGUGCCAGGAAGAUGGAUUUGUCUUGGACCGGAGCAGAGAUGUGCCAGGUACCUGAACAUCGCUGCUAUGGGCUCUGUCCCUGAUGAGCCAGGAGGCUUGUGGGCUUAUAUUUAUGCCAAUCAUUUUAUUAGUCCGACAGCAUCACAUGUGGAGGACAACACCAAGCCGAUCGAUCAUGAGGUGGUCUGUCUAUUCCACGUGUGCGGAGUUCUUGAGCCAUGAGAGAGAGAGAACGAGCCGUCUGAACCAGCCACUGCUGCUUCAAGGCACUGAUCAUGUCGAUAACCAGAAUGGGACUGUAACAGCUCUGUGAUGCCUUGAUUAUGUCAGUAUCUUGUCCAGAAAUGUCAAUAGUGAUGCAUUGUACAGAUGGUUCUUCGCUGCAUCUUGGACAGGGCCAAACUCUGACGACACAUGCGACAUGUGAUCCAGUGACCGAACAGAGUCGAACCAGGAGGCAGCAGCUAUUGUCCGUGUUAUAUCUGUUCAGUCAUGUUUCUAUUUGGCUCUUUGGCAUGGCUAACAUACCUUGAAGCAGCAGUAUCGUUCAGACGGCUCGUUCUCUCUGUGAUUCGUGGCUCAAGUUCUCCGCACUCUUGGAUUUCUCAGCAGUCUUGUUGCCCUCUUCGCUGGUGAUGUUUGGGACAUUGUAGCUCCAGUGCACUCACUUGUGAUUGAGUUUGUCCUGAUUGUUUCAGGUGAAUGCAGCGGCACCGGCAUGAGUAAAGAAGUGCAUAUGCUACUUCCAGAUCAACCAGGUAGCCCCGGAUGGAGAACUGUGACACGCUGGCUUCCUACACGCGGGUCUCGCUCGGCUCGGGCCCGAGGCUCAUAUUAUCAUCAUCAUCAUCAUCAUUAUUAACACAAGAUUUUCUUUACAGACUCUCCUCUUGCCAGGACGAUGAUCAAGAGAGCGGUCAGACCAACAGAUUGGCAACAUACCAGACCGGGCAAUCUGGACUUGCCAAUCCCAGGUGAUCCAAGAGGGCUCAACGAGAUGUGCUCCAGGCUGCACCCACUCUGCCUGAAGAAGAGCAGACCAGGCCGGUUCUGGCGCUCUCAGAGGAGCUGAACAGGGGUGUUCUGUGUCAGAUUGUGACCUGUUUGAGUGGCACAGCUCCACACCAUAGGACAUGUAGGACAGAUAUGCUGUCUGGGCAACCAGACAGUCACUCUGGAGGAAGUCAGCGAAGGCGGCAGCUUCUGCUCACGCUCCGUGGGGUAUUUAGCAAAGCCAUAGUACAGAGGGGCUUCUUUCUCCAGUGGAGAGAGAAGCCCUAGAAGAGCAGCACACUGCGUUUGUUUUAUUUAGGUUGCUGUUGCUUUGGUUUUGUUGUGUGUAUAUAGUUGGUUUCACGUUGUUUUAUGCUUUCAUGUAACUUUUAAUCUUGUUAAUUUCUAGUUUUCCCCAUGUUUCCUAAGAGUUUUUAUUGUUAUUUGGUUGUUAAUUAGUAUUGAUUGAUUUGUGUGUUCUUGUUUGUUCAAUAGUUUACUUUCUUUUAUUGUUCAUGUUUUAUGCUGUGCUUUGUAUAUAGUUCUUUUUUUAAAAUAAUAAAUAAUCUCCCUUAA